CUAAAUCAAUAAUACAAAAAUUCGGGUUUUGAGGGGGUUAUUGAAACCUAAUAUCAACACAGAGCGUAUCUCGCGAAGUUAUGAACAUCAUAUCGUAACAGUAAUCUAUCCAUCGCUGCUUGGCAGCCAUCUUACAAGUGUAUCCCCGACCCGUUAAAUAUUUCUCCGAUGCAUAAAAGUAAGUCCCAGGCCGGCAAGCAACUAUAGCGUUUGCGCGGAUCUCGUAUAAUCAGAACCGGUGAAGGUAUAAGUGGUGUCAGUCGACUACGAGCGUUGGGGAAAGCGACGUCAUACGAGACGCGGUAUUGCACUGUCGAUAAGUCGUGACUUAAAUCAGCUUAAUUUUCGUAAAGUGUCAUAUGAUACUGAAUUACACAUUAAUAUACAACGAGUAAUUCCAGCUGACUCGUCAAAUAAAGUAUAAUAGCAGAAUACGAAACAGUUUCCUACAGUCGAUCUCACGCGAGCCUUCGUAACUUUCGUCGAAUAGAUGUCAACUAAACACAAAGAUCAGGGGAAAAUGCAGCCUAAAGGACAAAUAUUGAAUGCAAUUCAUCGACUAAUUGAAUUCAUUGGCAAAUGGAUAUAUACCUUCGUUGCAUUCUUGAAGGGUCCUGCAGAGUCUCAACCUCCUAUAAAGGAUCUAACGCUUUUACACAGUGCAACUACUUUAGCAUUAAAAAUUCGAAAUAAACAGUUAACUUCACAAGAAGUGGUACAAUCAUACAUAGAUAGGAUAAAAGAAAUUCAACCAAUAUUAAAUUGUGUAGUGGAAGAUCGCUUUGAGGACGCCCUCAAAGAAGCAAAACUGUGUGAUGAUCUUUUGAAAUCUGAGAAUGCUCCAUCUCCUCAAGUAUUAGCUGAAGAAAAACCCUUCUUUGGAGUGCCUUUCACAACAAAGGACUGUAUUGCAAUUGCUGGAAUGAAACAGACAGCUGGUUUAACCCUUCGUAAGAACGUUGUUUCUGAACAUGACGCAGAAGUGGUUAGGUUAAUGAGGGCUGCUGGAGCCAUCCCUCUGGCUACAACGAACGUGUCAGAAUUAGCCAUGUGGUGGGAAACUUCUAACUGUUUAUAUGGAACUACAAAAAAUCCUUAUAAUACGAGACAUAUUGUCGGAGGUUCCUCCGGUGGUGAAGGUUGUAUACAAGCUGCAGCUGGUUCGCCACUAGGAAUAGGAUCAGAUAUUGGUGGUUCUAUUCGUAUACCGAGCUACUUUAAUGGACUUUUCGGGCACAAACCUUCUACUGGAAUGGUUUCGAACGAUGGCCAAUACCCGAGUGCACAAAGCGAAGACCAAAACAGAUUGCUAUCUAUUGGCCCUAUGUGCAGAUACGCGCAAGAUUUACUGCCUACUUUGAAGAUUCUUGCGGACAAGAACGCAGAUAUGUUGCAUUUGAACGAAAAAGUAGACAUUUCGAAGCUUAAGUUUUAUUAUAUGGAAGACGACGGUGGUCAAUACUUCACGUCUCCAGUUGAGUCAGAGAUAAGAGAAGCCAUGAGGAAGGUAGUUCAAUAUCUAGAGAAAGCUCAUAAAAUUAAAGCGACUAAGAUCCACAUAAAGAAAAUGAAAAAAAGCAUCGCUCUCUGGAUGGCCAAUAUGAGUUGUAAAGACGAAAAAGAUUUUACGUAUGAAUUGUCGAACAGAAUGGGUCAUAUAAAUUUAUGGUGGGAAUUUUUGAAAUGGACACUGUUCCUGAGUAAUCAUACAUUGAUAGCUCUUCUUACUGCCACGUUUGAAAGAUUUGCCGUGAAGCAUGGAAGCGAUAAACACACGAAAUUCAUACAAGAAAGUAAAGAACUUUAUCGAGAAUUUCAGGAUAUUUUAGGUGAAGACGGUGUGUUCCUAUACCCAACGCAUCCAACUGCGGCACCAAUGCACUACGAACCGUUGAUUAAACCAUUCAAUUUUUCAUACACUGGAAUUAUUAAUGUUUUGGGCUUACCUGCUACUGCGUGUCCUUUAGGUUUGAACAAACAAGGACUUCCUAUUGGUAUACAGGUUGUUAGUGGCCUACAUCAAGAUCGUUUAACCAUAGCCGUUUGUGAAGAACUAGAACGGGGUUUUGGAGGUUGGGUACCUCCAACUAUUGUAGCUUGAUACGAUACGUGUCGCUUAGACAAUAAUCCUGUGCGUAAUACGAUGCAUAAAGUUUCUUUUUACCAUGCCCUGUCAUCAUCAUUUUUCGAGAACUAACUUACACCUGAUUAAUCGAUACCAGCCAAUUACUAAGGUAAAGUACAAACAUUUAUCCAAAACGCAGAUCUUUCAAAUACUUCGAAAAAAAACUGAGAAAGGACUGAGAAGGAACUGAGACGAAGCUGAGAAUUCUUACGAGUAUACAUAAUAUAAUAAAUACUGAAUUUUUUUUUAUCGGUUUGUGUAACCGAUUAUAAACUAAGUCUCGCCGAAUACGCAAAAUUGUGCGUAAUAAAUAUAUACUAUAUGAAUAUAUGAGGUGUGCGUAUAUUUAUAUUUAUAAAUUGAUGUUAAAAAAUUCAUUUUUCUAACAAAAAUCAUGUUGAAGGAAGUAAUAACAUUUGUAUAUAAGUAAACUACUACACUGUA